CUUAGGAAACCAGGCUAACUGGUCACUGGAAAACAAGUGUUGGUGCCAGGGCCUCCGGGAGAUACAAGGCAGCCUUCUCAGAGGCCAUGGAGACCGUGCGCAUCGCAGUCGUCGGCGCUGGUGUGAUAGGACUGUCAACUGCUGUGUGCAUAUCCCAGAUGGUCCCCGGAUGUUCCAUUACCGUCAUCUCAGACAAAUUCUCUCCCGAUACCACCAGCAAUGUAGCAGCUGGAAUACUUAUUCCUCACACGUAUCCAGACACGCCUGUGCCCGCGCAGAAGCAGUGGUUUACAGAGACCUUCCAGCACCUGUCCACAAUUGCCAAGUCUGCAGAAGCCGCAGAUGCGGGCGUUCACCUGGUGUCUGGGUGGCAGGUAUUUCGGAGUGUCCCCACUGAAGAGAUGCCUUUCUGGGCUGAUGUCGUUCUGGGAUUUCGAAAGAUGACCCAGGCGGAGCUGAAGCAAUUCCCUCAGUAUGAAUUUGGUCAGGCUUUUACAACCCUGAAGUGUGAGACCGCUGCCUACCUCCCAUGGCUGGAGAAAAGGUUAAAGGAAAGCGGCGGUCUGCUACUCACCAGGAGAAUAGAAGACUUGUGGGAGCUGCAACCAUCCUUUGACAUCGUGGUCAACUGCUCAGGCCUGGGAAGCCGACAGCUUGUGGGAGACUCCAUGAUUUCCCCUGUAAGGGGCCAAGUGCUCCAGGCACAGGCCCCCUGGGUGAAGAAUUUCAUCCGAGAUGGGAGUGGCCUGACAUACAUCUACCCUGGUACAUCCUACGUAACCCUGGGAGGAACCAGACACAAAGGAGACUGGAAUCUAUCCCCAGAUGCGGAACUUAGCAGAGAGAUUUUUUCUCGAUGCUGUGCUCUUGAGCCCUCCCUCCACAGAGCCCGCAACCUAAGAGAGAAAGUGGGCCUGAGGCCCAGCCGGCCUGGUGUGCGUCUGCAGAAGGAGAUCCUAGUUCGAGGGGGACAGAGGCUCCUUGUGGUCCACAACUAUGGCCACGGGAGUGGGGGCAUCUCAGUGCACUGGGGCUCGGCUCUGGAAGCCACCAGGCUGGUGAUGGAUUGGAUCCGGACCCUCAGGACCCCAGCUCCUGUGUCAAAGCUGUAACUGACACCAGGUGUAGCGAAUGACCCCAGGUGAUGCUGGUCAGCACAGUUCAGGGUUCAUGAUGGGGCCUCGUAAUGUCUUCCUGGCUGGCAAGUUGACUCUGAUCUUUGUUUUCACAAUAAGAAAUCAUACAACACAGUAGACUCAGAAAGCUUGCCACUAACGAAACUCCAUUUUGCCCAAAUAUGUGUUAUUAAAAAAAUAUGUGUUAUUAAA